CUGAUCUCGUGAUUGCCUUCGCUAUGUCAUAUUUCCUCCAGAAGCGUCGCACAGGAUUUCGGCGGAUGGAUACAGUGUUACGGAAGUUAACAGCAUAUGCCAUCAGCACCGGCCUGCUGACUGGGUAUGAUUUUGUGUUGUCGUUACUGAACUAGGUUAAGCUUCCUCUGUUUCCCCAACUUAGCAUUCUGGCGCUGGCUACCAUGUUUUCUGUUGCGUUCCACAGCCCCCAAUUUAUCCCCAUGAUUUUCGUCUUUGUGCUCGGAGGCGUCUAUACUACAUCCCUCUUAGCAAAUUUACAUUCGCGCUCGAAACUCUUGAGCGACCCAGGAAAGAACGGGAUUUCAAUAGAGUUGUCCCACCUUCCUUGCAAGAUACCCAAUAAUACAAUUGCCGUCACUCAGCACGUAGAAGGGGACCAUUUGGACGAAGGCACACGUGAGGUCUUUGGUGUCGCCAGCCGAAAUUUAGGUGGGACGAUCGAGUAAUUUGAAUCCAAAUCUCGGUGUGUCAGCAAGUGCGGCGAGACCCUGUGUGCCCAGUAUCUUUAUUGAAAAAUUGGUAAUGUAAAGAUAGAACUAGUACAUGCAUGAGCUCGAUGGAGCAAUGUCCCAUCUAAUAGAUGAUGGGUCUCAGCGGGGAGUGACCUUGGUUGUUCGCAUACAGAAACGUAAUGCACCGGAAGCGGGAUGUGGGCGCAGAGCCAAAGUCCAGGCUGGGGGAAC